GAGAUCAGCAGAGAGUGUGCAACAGUUUUUAAAAUAGCCCACAGAAGCGACAAACAACAUCAAAAACACCACAGAAUUUUCCUCUGUUUCAUUGUGUUUGUGAAAUUCCACAAAGUGAAGAAGAUGAACUCCAGACUCUCAGCGCUGAUCCUGCUGCUGCUCGUUCCAGGCUCCAGUCAACAAAAGUUUUGUGCGGUGAAGGAGUCAGAUGUAACACUGUGGUGCUCUGACUACGACAUCAACAUCAAAACUGUGUUCUGGUUCAGCGAGAAACAAAGUAAAAACUGGAGAAACAACAAUGAACCUGAAGAUUUGACUUUAGACUCAGACUACUCUGGACGAGCAAAACAUCAGAUCUUCAGCGGGUCUUCAACACUCACAAUAUCAGACUUGAGAGAGACAGACUCUGGAGAAUAUCAGCUCAUGUUCAUCAUGAAGGAUGGAGCUAAACCUCUCUGCUCAACCAUCAGUCUAACAGUCACAGACCUGCAGGUGAGGAAGAAUUCUGCAUCUACAGACCCCACAGAUAAGAGAGUAGAACUGACUUGUGUUUCUUCCUGCACUUUGACCUCUGGAGAUUAUUACUGGAUGAAGAAUGGACAGUAUUUCAAACAUACAGAGUCCCCCAACAUCCUUUUGUCACCCACCAGUGAUGCUGGCAGCUAUUCCUGUUCUUAUUAUCCAAAUCUUAAUUAUUGCUCCUCUUCUGUAUGUGUUUCUCAGAGCAGCUGCUGGGAUGUGACUUACACCUCUAGAAGAGUCUGUGCUGUGGUGGGAUCAACUGUAGAGAUUUCCAGCACAUACUCACAUCCCCCUGGUCAUACUGUAAAUAAAACAUUCUGGCAUUACGGUCCAUCGGGCGAGGCUAAGGAUCUGCGUGAGGAGCAUCAGUUUUCUGGUCGUGUGGAGUAUGUGGAGAACAAACUGAGAAUCAAAGAUCUCAAGAUCAGUGACUCUGGAGAAUAUAGAUUCAGGAUCAUCACUGACUUAAACCAGUACUCAGGAUCACCUGGAGUCAUUCUUACUGUUACAGGUACAAAGAUAAAAAGAAGCCCAGCUGCUGCAUUACAGAAAGAGGAAGUCAUAUUAAGCUGUUCAACCAAUUGCACUCUGAGUGGCGACACAUCUUACAUCUGGUACAAGAACGGACGACAGGUAACAGAUGGGUUCACUAAAGACAACAAGCUGUAUCUGGACUCAGUCAGCAGUGAAGAGCUUCAACAGUAUUCCUGUGCUGUAGGAGACUCAGUGAGUUCAGGGUCCAGCACAGCUUUACUGAGCGCUGCAAUCAUACUGUCUGUGUUGCUGAUUCUUCUGCUCAUAGGAGUUCUGUGGUGCAGGAGGAGAAAGAAUAAUUCAUCUCAAAAGCAUGAAGACAGGAUGGAGAGUGGGCAGCAGGAUUCGGCUGUUCUGUACGAGAACGCUGCAGGCUUGUCUACGGUCUGCACACAGCAAGAUCACAUGAAGGAUCAGGAUGUUCAUUAUUCAGCUAUUCGUUUCAAAAAGCAGUCUAAAACAAAGAACACAUCAUCAGCUCCUACUGCUGUACAGUCAACCACAGACAAUGUUCAUUAUGCUGCUGUGAAGUUCAGCCGAACCCCAGCUUAAAAUACUUAAGAUUAAUAAAAAUUCUUGUGCAUAUAACAUACUUUCAAGCAAUAUUUUACAGAAAGGAUCUAAAAGAAUGUAUUGUGUGAUGUAGAUAAAUAAAAUAAAAUAGAUACAUUGAAAAAUGAAAAUGCUAAAUAAAAAUAAAUAAAUUAAAUAUUAGAGGUGAAAGAUAAUAAAUAAUACCUUAUAAAUAAUAACCUUGGUAAUAUAAUCACUCACUCCAAACAGUUCUAGAGCUAUAUAGCGCAUGCACUGUGUAACAAAUGAGAGGUACGUAUCAACUCAUCUAAGUUGAGGAAAGAAUAUAGUGCAAUAUUGAAAGAUUUUCUUUAAAGUGUAUUCUGACAGGUGUUAGCUAAACCCCAGAUGUCCACUUACCCUAGAACCGCCCCUGUCCCCACCCUAAACAACUCUUUCAUAUAUAAAUCAUUUUUUUAUUGAUUUAUUUGAAAGGGUAAAAUUAUAAAAAUAAACCAACAGUACAGCGGAUUCUACACAGCGUUCCAGUUUAGCCCGUUUCAAUGGUUCCUCCAGAAGUGGGCACUUAUGAAAGAUUAUCAAUGACCUACAUUCGAGUAAACGAAACAGGGGAUAUGAAAACUUAUGUAUUAUGCCCUUGAUGGGCAAAUGUGGGUGAAGGAGAAGAAAACUCUCUCACUCUCUGCAAAAUGCCCACAGGUAGUUCUCACAGACAGUGUGCUGCAGCAAAAGAGCAAAGUGUAGAGAUGGGCAGAUAAAGCCUUGUGAAAGCCUUUUUGAGGCUUUCCUGAUUGUACCAAAAACGUUUCAAAGCUUCAACGCUUUACCAGGGCAUCUAGUGGUAAGCUGCAAUUAUAUAGGCUGCUUUUAAAUUAUUUAUAAAUGUUGUUGAUUCCAGUUUCUAAAGCUAUGCUAAACAAUAGCAGCUGCAUCAUUAUUCUGAGCAUCAUUGUCCAGACAUGAUUACUAUGAUACCAAACAUUUGAAUCAGUCGCCAUUUGAGCGACUAUGCCUUGUUCCUGAGCAUAUAAUCUUAAAACUAUAAUUAAAAAUAUAAACUAUAAAGUAUUUUUAUACAUUGGACGUUGAAAUCCAUGAAUAUGUCCUGCGUUUUUGUACGCUAGUCAUCCGCAGCGGGUGGUACGACACUGCUCUCCUCUCUGUGUUUCGCCAAGGGCUCAACCCUUCUAUUCGCCAGCAAAUGGCGAUUUACAAUGAUAAUCUCUCUGCCUGUCUCCCCACUCCAGAAUCACUGACCACCUCUACUGCGCUAACCGCGCCGGAACCUAUGAUCACGGACAUCUACCACCUCACCAGUCAGGAACGAUCCCGCCGAAUUAGGGAGGGGCGAUGUUUAUACUGCGGCGCUGCGACU